AUGGAUUUACGUAGCAAUUCUUUGUCAGAGAUCUCCAGAUCGAUUUGGUUUGUCCGUAGAUCAACGACUCACGUUCCUCUUCGUUGUUACAAAGGAAAGUACCAUAACGACAAUUGA